CAACAAACCAACAAGUCCUACGACUCAAGAACCUGUUCUCUACAUCAGCAAAUCACCCAUAUAGGUUAUGGCCACGCUCUUCGGUGGGCGGCGGAAGCCCAAAGUCAUCUCACGGCGCGAAAGAGAAGACGAUGGAGACGAAGACGGCGAUCAAGAUACUGGCCCCGUAGUACGGCGUCCUGCCAGCAAUUUGCCCAAGAACAAGUCGAAGCUACGAGUUUCUUUCAACCCUGGUGGAGAUGGGGAUGAUCAAGAAUCCAAUCGCGAUACGGGCAGAUCAACGGUACAGCAGUCUGGGAGCACUCCAUCAAGUACAACAACGCCUCACAAACCGCCACGACUGGGUCUGUCCAACGCUGCGACACAGGCGCUCCAAAAUCGCUCGAUAGACCGGGAUCUUGAAGACGACGGCAAUGAGGGAGGCCGGUCCUCUAGCAUCGGUCGCCCGACCUAUAACAAGGCGUAUCUAGACGAACUCCGAAAUUCCACGCCAUCCACGCCGCGUGACCUCUCAUUGAGCCGCGACGACAGUCCAUCUCUCGACCUAGUUGACCCGGCUCGUGAAACAUCGUCCACGGCUCUAUCACUUGAUCUCGAAUCGAAAUUCGGCAAAUCCGCAUCCAGCUCUCGAAUCCCCAGUCUUGCCGAGAUCCGCGAGAAGAAGGAGCGACGUGCACGUCUGGCCAAGGAACAUGCCGCCCUUGCUAGUACGGGAGGCGGGCAAUCUUCGACCGACUUUGUCUCACUCGAGGAUUAUGAUUCAGACGGCGAAUUCAAGCCACGACGUAUGCAGGUGGGCUCAUACCACCCCGCCAGCGACAAUAUCUACCGCGAGAAAAACACACGACUGGUGCACGAAGAUGAAGAUAUCGCGGAAGGGUUUGACUCGUUUGUCGAGGACGCUGGGAGGGUAACAUUAUCGCGGAAGGGUCUGAAGGAGCAAUCACGACGGGAUCGAGACGCAAUACGGACCAUGAUCGAAGAAGCCGAAGGAUCAGGUGGUCGGCAGCACAAGCACGACGACGGCAAUUAUGAGAUGGACUCCAACAACUCAAAUUCAGACGACGCUGGAUCCGACUCGGACUAUGAACUGCACCAGGCCUACGAGCUUAGCCAGACACACCAUGGUAUGGACGGCCUUAAAUCGCACCGAUCACAUACUCGACAAGCCAACCGACCGCGUCAGCCGCGUGAGACGGUGACGAUUCCGAAAUUGAGCGUGGGACUGUCGCGCCUCAGGGAAAUGGUGUCGAGUUUAGAGAUGGAGAGAGCGAGGAUCCUCAAGCGGAGAGCCGACAUCAGGGCUGAACAGGUCGAUGUCGUGGCCAGUCAGAAGCAUAUUCAGUCGAGUCUGGAGGAGGCUGGGCAGGAGCUCGAGGCUGUCACAGCGAAAGCACGUGGGGUGGAGCAAACUGGCACCGGUGAUCCUCGCACCACCGUGGUUGGUGAUGGCGUCCCUACUGCUGUACCUAAUGCAAAUGGGACAAGUCGAUACCAGAAUCCUCUCCCGGAGCGCGGCCUAGAGUCUUUUGGUAGCACUCCUGAACACGUGUCAUGAGCGAUAUGGAUAUGGACACAAUCAAGUUUAGACGAUACCCUUUUGCUUAAUUACGAAGACCUUAUACAUGCUAGUCACG